CUCCCUCCCCCGUUCCCAAGAUGGCGCAGGUGCAGGCACGCUUUUACACCGAGGACAGGAGGUAUGAAGUAGAUGAUACAUCAUUCUCUGUUCCUGCUGCAGCCGAAGUUAAUGACCUCAGUAAAGUCAUCAAUAAACUACUAGAAGCAAAACAUGCUAAUCACAAACAUGCAGACUUUGACUUCCUCAUUAAGGGCCAGUUUUUACGACUGGCACUGGGUAAACAUAUGGAACUGGAAAACAUUUCAACAGAAGAAGUGGUUGAGAUUGAAUAUAUAGAACGGUACAAUGCCCCUCAACCAGAAGAGUGUUUGUUUCAUGAUGAUUGGGUCAGUGCGGUAGAGGCACAGGGAGAAUGGAUUCUCACAGGAUCAUAUGAUAAAGUUGCUCACAUUUGGACCUUAGAUGGUCAACCACUCGUGGCCCUUCCUGGACACACAGAAGUAGUCAAAGAUGUAGCAUGGAUCAAGAAAGUUGGUCUCUGCAACUUGCUGCUUAGUGCCUCUCAAGACCAGACUAUUAUCUUAUGGGAAUGGAACUCAGAAAAGAAUAAAGUAAGAGCGUUACACUCCUGUCGAGGACAUGCUGCAAGUGUAGAGUCAAUUGCUGUGGACAAUACGAAAACUAAAUUUUGCAGUGGUUCAUGGGACAAGAUGAUAAAGAUAUGGUCAGCAGUUCCCAAUGAGGAUGAAGAAAUGAUGGAUGAGUCUGAAUCCAGGCCAAGAAAGAAACAGAAGACUGAACAACUAGGAUUAACAAGAACCCCUAUAAUGACACUGUCUGGUCAUAAUGAAGCGGUUUCCUCAGUCUUGUGGUCUGAUACAGAGGAACUCUGUAGUGCAUCCUGGGAUCAUACCCUUAAGAUUUGGGAUGCUGAAACUGGAGCCCAAAAAUGUACCUUGAAUGGGAACAAGGUGUUUAAUUGCAUCUCUUAUUCCCCAUUGUGCAAAAGGCUGGCAUCAGGUAGCACUGACAGGCACAUCAGGCUGUGGGAUCCACGUUCAAAAGAUGGAUCUCUGGUGCUGCUCUCCCUAACUUCACACACAGGCUGGGUAACUGCAGUCAAAUGGUCACCCACACAUGAGAAUCAGUUGAUUUCAGGCUCUUUCGACAAAUUGGUCAAGCUCUGGGAUGUACGAAGUUGCAAGGCUCCACUAUAUGAUUUGAAUGCCCAUGAAGACAGAGUACUCUGUGUAGACUGGACAGAGAACGGGCUGCUGUUAAGUGGUGGAGCAGACAACAAAUUAUUCUCGUUCAGAUAUUUGGCUCCUACAUCUGGGGAUGGUGCUUGAGUGACAAUACUGAAUGAUGAAGGACCCACACACCAUCAGAUUCAUUUAAAAACUUCAUCUCACACUCUUGUCUUCGCUGUUGUUCUUAUAACACCUUGAAUAAGAUGUGUUUGCCUGCCCUGACUGUUAAGUUCUGAUCUCAUUCUGUCAACAUAAUAUAAGAACCAUCAGGCAUUAUUAAGAUUAUUGACACUGGGGUUUAAACUUGGAAAGGUGGUGCACUGAUUACCUCAGCUAGGGUGACAAAGUUACUGCUACUGUUACUAUUUUCAGGCAUUUGUAAUAAUAUUGCACCUAAUUUUUUUAAAAAUCCUGGAGUUUUGUACUUUAAAUGUCAGAAAUUCAACGUGUGUGUAUCUACAAUUGACAUCACAGUGCAGGCUGCUGUAAUGGGAUUGUCACCCUUAAGGUCCAACAACUCAGUAUUAUUCUCUAAACUCUUGCUAAAUCCUCCUAUUGUGAUUGGUGUAAGCCAGGAGCAGACUUGGAUUAGUUUGUAUAAUUUACAACUCAUUGUUCAUAAAGUGGUCAGGAUUUUCUGAAAUGAAUGAGUGUCCUUUUAUAGUAACAUGUUUAUUUUCCUAGGAUUUCUAAUCAUUGUUAAUUAAACCAACCUGUUUUUUUUCCCCUUUAACUGCAAACAAACAGAAUCUCUAAAUAGAGCAAGUUUUUUUUCUCAUAUUUCAAACAAAAUGAAUCUUUGAUUAAUUUGCAAAAAAUGCUGCUAAGCAAAUUCAAAAGACCUGAUCCUAAACCAGACUGCUUUCAAGUUUUAAACUGUUAUAGAACCAUAGAGAUGUACAGCAUGGAAACAGACCCUUCAGUCCAACCUGUCCAUGCCAACCCAAUCUAGUCCCACCUGCGUUCACCUAAUCUGUGACAAAACUUCAUGUAGAAUAUAUAUCAUGUGGAAUUUAUGCAUCAUUUCAAGCUUUCUCUUCCUCAUCUUUAUUUAUUUCCAUGAUUCCAUUUGAAAACAACUUCUGCAUUCUUACCAUUUCAAGGGCAAUUAAGACAUGUCAUAAAUGCUGGCUGUGCUAAAAUGCCUAUAUUAUUGAACAAAUAAAGUACAUUUCUCAA